UGUCAGAGUGAGUGCUGUCAAUGACAAAGUCAUGGCGUUGAUCAGCCGGAGUUGUUCUGUUGCGUGUAGAUAUUCCACAAAUCAUCUCUUUUUACCGUCAAAAUGCUUUGAGGUGUCUCAUGAUUACUGUAACAGACUGACCACUGCUGCCAACACAUCAGCCACACUCACAGAGAGAAAGAAAGAGAUAAAAGAAAAUGGGCUGAACUUGCAGGACUUUAUAUCUGGAGAGCUUUCAGAAAAGAGCAAGUGGGAGGAAUACAGGGGCAACCUGAAGAGACAGAAGGGAGAAAGACUGAGACUACCACCUUGGCUGAAAACAGAGAUCCCUGUUGGAAAAAACUACAACAAACUGAAAAACACACUCCGAGAUUUAAACCUUCACACAGUCUGCGAGGAGGCCAGGUGUCCCAAUAUCGGAGAAUGCUGGGGGGGAGGAGAGUAUUCCACUGCCACGGCUACCAUUAUGUUAAUGGGGGACACAUGUACACGUGGCUGUAGGUUUUGUUCGGUUAAAACAGCGAGACGUCCUCCGCCUCUUGACCCUGACGAGCCGCAUAACACAGCUAAAGCCAUCGCAGCCUGGGGGCUGGACUAUGUAGUACUCACAUCAGUGGACAGAGAUGACAUUCCUGAUGGUGGGGCUGAGCACUUUGCACAGACUGUCUCCAACCUUAAAGAGAGGAACCCUAAUAUUAUGGUUGAGUGUUUGACUCCUGAUUUCCGUGGUGAUCUUGCAGCAGUGGAGAAAAUUGCUCUGUCUGGUCUUGAUGUUUAUGCUCACAACGUAGAGACGGUCCGAGAGUUACAGAGGUAUGUGCGUGACCCUCGUGCUAACUUCGACCAAUCACUGUGUGUUUUACGACAUUCUAAAAAAGUGAAACCCAGUGUUCUUACGAAGACUUCUAUCAUGCUGGGACUGGGAGAGACAGAUGCACAGAUACAUGCCACUUUGAAAGAAUUGAGAGAUGCUGGAGUGGACUGUCUGACACUGGGGCAGUACAUGCAGCCAACCAAACGCCAUCUCAAGGUGGAAGAAUAUGUCACUCCUGAGAGGUUUUUGUAUUGGGAGAAGAUUGGCCAGGAGAUGGGAUUUGUCUACACAGCCAGCGGGCCACUUGUGCGCUCCUCUUACAAAGCAGGUGAGUUCUUCUUGAAGAAUCUGCUGGAAAAAAGGAAGACUGAAGGGACAACAACGACAGCGGAGUAAAACUGUUGAACAAUAUCUUUCUGACUGUCCCCUCUUAUCUUUUCUGUCUCUCUCUCUGCAGUCUAUACAAAGACUAUGCAGCUUAGUUAUUACAAAUAAAACUCAUUAUAUUGGUUGUAACUUUCUAUAAACAUAAAGUUACAAUAAUUUCAAUAAACCAGCCACAGACACAUGGUCAGGCUUCACAAAGAGUGAAGCAUUUCACAACUGGGUAAUGUCACCUUCAUUGCUCAAAGCAGCAAAUAAAGGCCAUGCUAAUGUAUUUAAGAGACUGCAAUUAACAGUGUUGUACAAUAUUUUGGGUUUAAGAAAUAGAA